AUGGCCCCGACGUGCCUGCAGCCGCUGCUGAGGUACCGCUCCUUCGCCAUCCUCUUCCUCACGCCGGUGCUGCUGCUGCCGCUGCCGCUCGCUGUGCCCACGAAGGAGGCCAGAUGUGCAUAUAUCAUCAUUAUCAUGGCUGUGUACUGGUGCACUGAAGUGAUCCCCCUGGCUGUCACCUCCCUCAUGCCGGUGGUAUUUUUCCCUCUGCUCGGAGUUCAGACCUCUAAAAAAGUAUGCUUGCAGUACCUAAAUAGCACAAACAUGCUCUUCUUUGGAGGGCUGAUUGUCGCAAUUUCUGUUGAGCAGUGGAAUCUUCACAAAAGGAUUGCACUGAGGGUCCUUCUGAUUCUUGGGGUGAAACCUGCACUCCUGAUGCUGGGAUUUAUGAUCGUCACUGCCUUCCUGUCAAUGUGGAUAAGCAACACAGCCACCACUGCCAUGAUGGUUCCCAUUGUCCAGGCUGUCCUGGAUCAAUUGGACAUGACAGAGCAUGAUGUGACCACGGUGGAACCAGCAACUGGGCAAACAAAUACAGUGAUUGAGCUGGAGGAAAAGAGCACAUCAGGGUCCACUGCAGUGCACGGUGUAAGCAAUGAACAAGUCACUGAUGACUCCAAAUCUUCUGAGGAAAGUAAAACGAGGAAGCGUAUAUGCAAGGGAAUGACACUUUGUGUAUGCUAUGCAGCCAGCAUCGGAGGAACUGCAACACUUACUGGAACAGGACCAAAUGUGGUACUGAAAGGCCAGAUGAAUCAGUUAUACCCCGACAGUAAUGAUAUUGUGGAUUUUGCUUCCUGGUUUGGAUUUUCAUUCCCAAACAUGGUCCUGAUGUUGGUGCUAGCUUGGCUUUGGUUACAGUGCUCCUUCAUGGGACUCAACUUAAAAAAAAGCUGUGGCUUUCGGGCAAAGAAAACUGACAAAGAAAAAGCUGCAUACGGUGUGCUGAAGGCAGAAAUGAAGAAGUUAGGCCCUAUGUCUUAUGCUGAAAUAAAUGUCCUCCUUUUGUUUGUAUUGCUGGUGGUCUUGUGGUUUUCCAGAAACCCAGGCUUUAUAAAAGGCUGGGCUGGUAUACUCUUCAAAGGAGGAGAAAAGUAUAUGACUGAUUCUGUUCCUGCUGUGUUUAUUGCCCUGUUACUGUUUGUCCUUCCUGCUCAGAAGCCCAAGUGCAUAGGCUGGAAUCCAAGCACGUCUGACCCUGAAGAGACUGAAGAAGAUAAGAAAAAGUCAUUUUUAUCAGCCCCGCUGCUAGACUGGAAUGUGGUUCAAAGGAAGAUGCCCUGGAGCAUUGUGCUGCUGCUGGGAGGAGGUUUUGCUUUGGCUGAUGCAAGCGCAAACUCUGGGCUCUCAGCUUGGAUGGGUCGUCAGAUGACUCCACUGGGAUCUAUCCCACCAUGGGCCAUUGCAACAGUGAUCUCCCUUAUUACAGCUGUCUUCACCGAAUGCACCAGUAACGUGGCCACAGCUACCCUCUUCCUGCCUGUCUUUUCAUCCUUGGCUGAAUCAGUCAAGAUCCACCCUUUGUAUGUUAUGCUGCCGGGUACUCUCAGUGCUUCAUUUGCCUUCAUGCUACCUGUUGCAACACCACCAAAUGCAAUAGUGUUUUCUUACGGCCACAUCCGUGUUUUGGAUAUGGUUAAAGCUGGAAUAGUGAUGAAUGUCAUUGGAGUCUGCUGUGUCACACUGGCCAUCAACACAUGGGGAAGACCUAUGUUUCAGCUGGACACAUUCCCAGCCUGGGCGAACAGCACAAGAAACCAGUGAGCUGUGAAGAAUUCGUGUAUUGAACAAGGAAAGUACCCUCAGUACUCCCUAUUGCCUAAAGUCCUGUGUAAACUCUCAUCACCACUUCAGAUCCAGUGCUGGGUGUUUGCUGCCUUCCAGCAGUCACACAUCAGUUCAAGUUUGAACCAACCCAAUCUUACUCCAGUUGUUCUGGAGCCAAAAAUCUUGCAAUUAUACAACCUCUGUGUCAGGAUCAUAAGUAUGUUUGAGUGAUCCAUUGUACCUCCAGUCAAGGUCAAGGAUUAGGAUUUAUCAAACUUUCAAUAAAGAGAGGGGAGGCUG